GGGACUUCUGGUCAACGUCGUUCGCGGCCGCCGGAAGGGGAAGUUUCGACUCGAAACGCUCUCUCGCUGGUCCGAAUUCGGUGGCGCCACGUCCGCCGAUCUCCGCCUUCUGCACCACGACUUGGGCGGCUUCCGCCUCGACGACACCUUCCACUCGCGGAGCCGUCCGAGUCGUGAGGGGCCCGGGACGGGGAGUCGGGCGGCGGCGCACAUCCUGGGCACCUAAGAGGCGAAGAUGUCGGACAUCGGGGACUGGUUCAGGAGCAUCCCGGCCAUCACGCGCUACUGGUUCGCCGCCACCGUCGCGGUGCCCUUGGUCGGCAAACUCGGUCUUAUCAGCCCGGCCUACUUCUUCCUCUGGCCCGAAGCCUUCCUCUAUCGCUUCCAGAUUUGGAGGCCAAUCACUGCCACCUUUUAUUUCCCUGUGGGUCCAGGAACUGGAUUUCUUUAUUUGGUCAAUUUAUAUUUCUUAUAUCAGUAUUCUACACGACUUGAAACAGGAGCUUUUGAUGGGAGGCCAGCAGACUAUUUAUUCAUGCUCCUCUUUAACUGGAUUUGCAUCGUGAUUACUGGUUUAGCAAUGGACAUGCAGUUGCUGAUGAUCCCCCUGAUCAUGUCGGUGCUUUAUGUCUGGGCCCAGCUGAACAGAGACAUGAUUGUAUCAUUUUGGUUUGGAACACGAUUUAAGGCCUGUUAUUUACCUUGGGUUAUUCUUGGAUUCAACUAUAUCAUCGGAGGCUCGGUAAUCAAUGAGCUGAUUGGAAAUCUGGUCGGACAUCUUUAUUUCUUCCUAAUGUUCAGAUACCCGAUGGACUUGGGAGGAAGAAAUUUUCUAUCCACACCUCAGUUUUUGUACCGCUGGCUGCCCAGCAGGAGAGGAGGGGUGUCGGGAUUUGGCGUGCCCCCUGCUAGCAUGAGGCGAGCUGCUGAUCAGAAUGGUGGAGGCGGGAGACACAACUGGGGACAGGGCUUUCGACUUGGGGACCAGUGAAAGGGUGGCCUCCGGCCUGCCCACCAGCCACUCUGCUCAGAUGAGUUGUUUCUCCCAGUGCUGGGUGUGUUUAACAGCCGAGUCCUAGCAAACACCGUUGGACCUGACCCACACUGAAUGUAGUCUUUCAGUACAAGACACAGUUUUUUAAAUCCUGAAGAAAAAUAGAAGUGUUCCUCAAGUUUCAUGAUUCUCAUUCAGGUCCUUACUGCUAUGAAGAACAAAGGUCAACUGUGCAAAUUUCAGAACUGACUAUAUUUUUUCGGUGUCUUCUCUUCCAAAAACCUGAAUCUGAAUAACAAGUUUUGGCAGACCGUGGUCGGCUGUCACCAACCUGGGCGUCUGGGAUUGGGUCUUCAGUCCUUGUCAAAGGGACCCAUACCUCUUUCUCGCACACAUGCCUCCCUCCCACUAUUUCCAACCCCUAAAUUUGCAACUAGAAGAGGUUGCCCAUAAAAUGAUUCUGCCUUUGACAAGCUCUCUUAUUUAUUGACUUUUGCCAAGGCUGGGUCACAAAGAACUCGUUGACACCCCUUUUCUUUGCCUUUGGUGGCAGAACUGUAACAAUAGGGGAGAAGACGGGAGCAGUGGAUGAAGAGCUUCCCCCAGCUUUUGCAUUUGUGACCUGAUGUCAGUUGCAACCACUUGCCACCUCUUCAGAUGUUUUUAUAAAAAAAGCACCUCUGAAUGGGUGAAGGCCGCAGAUUGGUAUUAAUGAGUCAUGAAGGUUGUUGCUAGACAUGUUUUUUCUAAGUUAAGUGAUCAAAACUAUAGCGGAGUUGCAUCUUCCAAAGGGGCUAGGUGUAAACCGUGGUGGGCAUAAUCCCUUUGCAUCUCGUGUGUGGGUCGUACUGGCUUUGUGUGUACCCAGAGUAGUUAGAUGUAUUGCGCUAGAAAGUUCCAAAUCACAUUUGCCACAGGGAGAUGCUCUCUCUCAGAGGCACCUGGGCACUGAUUCCAUUUCAUUCUCAUUGUGGAUAUAUGUUUAUUGAGUAGAGUGGAAGGGAGAACCUUAUACCCUAUUUAAACUGUCAUUUUUGACCCCUUCUCCCCCCUUUAAUGGCCAUGUGCUUCAGCUGAUUGGGAGGAAGGUGCAGCUCCUCUGUACAUAGAUCAUAUUUUAAGAGCUAAUAUAAGCACAUCUAAGUGAAUCACUAAUUUUGGGUUGUAAUGGCUUUAGAAUCAUUUGUGUUUGAGGGUCUUUAUCAUUUUGAGUUAUGAAUGUACAUCAGACCAGUUUAAAUACCUACAAAACCUUUCUCAUAGAUGAGCUUUUUCUAUUAUAGCUAGACUUAUCACCAAAUAAAGUUUUUUGAAGGCUACGGUGUUUCAGUUUCUUAUUUUUACGUUUUAUUCUGAGAACGGACUGCUAGGAGCAGUAUUGAGUGGCUACUCUACUUUAGUCGACUAAAAAGGCUUUGAACGUUUGAAACAUUGUAUGCUAACAGGGUGACUGUUCUUUGCCCCUCUCUUAAACCGUGACGUGUAUUGUCCUAGGAAGUGGGGAUUUGAAAACAGCUCCUCAUUUUUAAUAAAAUUUGUGUGUAUUUCCUCAUAUUUAAUUUAUACGAUAGAAUAGGAGCUGGGGAGAAUCUGAACCUUAACCUGUCAUGUUCUGUUGUUGACCUGUGGCCACAAUAAAAUUUACUUGUUAAAUUUCAGAAGCAGUUAUUCCUAUGGUGUCGCAUGUGCGACUCAUGGUGCGGAGUGGGGACUCAUUGUACGUGUGAGAAGGUUCUCACGGGGAGUGAGCUGGGGUCUGUUUAUUAGACGUCCUCUUAGCAACUCAGCUGCCUGAGAGCAGUGGUUUUUCUAGCGGUUGUUACAAGUAUAAUUUAGAAUUCUUCAGUUCAAGGCAAAAUGUUCGUUAAAUUCUUCCUCUUAAACAUGUUUAAGAAUCUGAUAAUUUUUUUUUUUUUUAUAAUUUUAUUAAUCUCGUCUGGAUUACCUGUCUUUCUGGAAUAAUUUUAGCUAAGCAAACUGUGAGAUUUGAUUUGGCAAGGCAAGACAUGGCAGUAGAUUCUCUUUAUGAAUGAAAAAAUCCUUAUUUUGUAUAGAGAAAUUCCCUUUUUGUAACAAAUCGUUUUUAUUGAUAAAAAUUGUGAAUUAAAAUGUACAACUCGA